AAAUUAUUCCACAGGUUUGAAUUGAUGUUUAUUGGGAUGUAUUGUUGUAAUUUAUUUUUGUUAAAUUUUUGUUUAUGGUUUCUUGUAGUGCUGAUAAAAAACGUUACCGUAAAGCGAGAGAAUUUGUUGUUGUUAUGGGUACCUUGAUUCGUUAUCAACGUGUUAAUGGCACUAUUGUUUCGCAUGUCAAGUCUAUUGCAUAUAUGAAUACAUUCAGUAUGGAUACCAUGCGCGAUGACAUUGGUUUAAUGUUUUUAAAAACAGGCUUACCGAAAAAUAAAACCCAUCUAACAAUCGCUCCAAUAGCCUUGGCAAAUACAUCCACACCAGCGGGAGUAUCGUGUCAAGUAUCAGGAUGGGGUAAAACAGAACGGGGCUCUCUGUCGCCGACAUUACGUGUUGCAAAUGUGUCAACAAUAUCAAAAACUGUCUGUGCAAUAUCAUAUAGUAAUGGUUUAUAUGAUGGCAUGAUAUGUGCAGGUUACCUUUUAGGCGGUACCGACUCAUGUCAAGGAGACUCGGGUGGGCCAUUGGUAUUUAAUAAUACCUUAAUUGGAAUUGUAUCGUGGGGAUCAGGAUGUGCACAGCCAGGUUAUCCAGGAGUUUAUGCUGAUGUCCGCUAUUACAAUAAAUGGAUUACAGAACGAAAUUCGGCAAUUAUUAAAAUGCCCGUAUACUCAAUUUUAAUAUUGACAAUGUUUAUAUCGUAUAUAGUAAAAUCUUUUAGAUAAUACAUAAAUUUACAUAAUAAAAAUAAUUUAUUUAAACAAAUCAUUUAGUUUUAUAUUAAUUUUAACGCAUAUACAUAUGUA